AUGGCAAUGUCCUGCAAGGAUGGUAAGCAGCCUAUUAACAUGGACAAUGGCAAGUAUGUACGGUACACGCCUGAGCAGGUCGAAGCACUGGAAAGGCUAUAUCACGAUUGCCCCAAGCCCAGCUCCAUUCGCCGCCAGCAGCUUAUUAGGGAGUGCCCAAUUCUUUCCCACAUUGAGCCCAAACAAAUCAAAGUUUGGUUCCAAAAUAGAAGAUGCCGAGAGAAGCAGAGGAAAGAAGCGUCACGCCUCCAAGCGGUGAAUAGAAAGCUGACUGCAAUGAACAAGCUUCUGAUGGAAGAGAAUGACAGGUUGCAGAAGCAGGUGUCACAGCUGGUGUAUGAGAAUGGCUACUUUCGCCAACAUACCCAGAAUACAACGCUUGCAACCAAAGAUACAAGCUGUGAAUCAGUGGUGACGAGCGGUCAACACCACCUGACACCUCAGCAUCCGCCAAGGGAUGCUAGUCCUGCAGGGCUUUUGUCCAUUGCAGAAGAGACUUUAACAGAGUUUCUUUCGAAGGCCACUGGAACUGCUGUAGAGUGGGUCCAAAUGCCUGGAAUGAAGCCUGGUCCGGAUUCCAUUGGAAUCGUUGCUAUUUCUCAUGGUUGUACUGGUGUGGGGGCACGAGCUUGCGGCCUGGUGGGUCUUGAACCUACAAGGGUUGCAGAAAUCCUCAAGGAUCGGCUGUCGUGGUUUCGUGAUUGCCGAGCUGUGGAUGUGCUGAAUGUGCUGCCCACUGCUAAUGGUGGAACCAUUGAGCUGCUUUACAUGCAGCUCUAUGCGCCAACGACAUUGGCCCCUGGUCGUGACUUCUGGUUGUUGCGUUAUACUUCUGUUUUAGAAGAUGGAAGCCUUGUGGUUUGUGAGAGAUCUCUGAAAAAUACUCAAAAUGGUCCGAGCAUGCCACCAGUGCAGCAUUUUGUGAGAGCAGAAAUGCUCCCAAGCGGGUAUCUGGUACGACCUUGUGAAGGUGGUGGUUCCAUCAUACACAUAGUUGACCACAUGGAUUUGGAGCCUUGGAGUGUCCCUGAAGUAUUACGCCCACUUUAUGAAUCCUCAUCUGUACUUGCUCAAAAGACAACAGUGGCAGCUCUACGCCAGCUGAGACAGAUAGCUCAGGAAGCUUCUCAAUCUAAUGUGACUAACUGGGGCAGACGUCCUGCAGCUCUACGAGCGUUGAGCCAGAGGCUGAGCAGGGGUUUUAAUGAGGCUCUCAAUGGAUUUAGUGAUGAGGGAUGGUCAAUGAUUGGAAAUGAUGGCAUGGAUGAUGUUACUAUCCUUGUGAACUCAUCUCCUGAUAAGUUGUUGGGUUUAAAUCUUUCCUUCACUAAUGGGUUCCCAGCUGUCAGCAGUGCAGUCCUGUGUGCUAAAGCAUCAAUGCUUUUACAGAAUGUCCCCCCUGCAAUCCUUCUCAGGUUCUUGCGGGAGCAUAGGUCAGAAUGGGCAGAUAACAAUAUCGACGCCUAUGCGGCUGCAGCAGUUAAAGUCGGUCCUUGUAGUUUACAAGGGUCUCGAGUUGGAAGUUUUGGGGGUCAAGUUAUACUUCCACUGGCUCACACUGUUGAGCACGAAGAGUUCCUGGAAGUCAUAAAACUGGAAGGUGUUAGCCAUUCUCCUGAAGAUGCAAUGAUGCCCAGAGAUGUGUUUCUUUUGCAACUCUGCUGUGGAAUGGAUGAGAAUGCUGUUGGCACCUGUGCUGAACUUAUAUUUGCGCCAAUUGAUGCUACUUUUGCUGAUGAUGCACCCCUUUUGCCUUCUGGUUUUCGAAUCAUUCCCCUUGACUCUGGGAAGGAAGCCUCCAGUCCAAACCGUACCUUGGACCUUGCGUCUGCUCUUGAAGUUGGAGCAGCUGGAAACAGAGCAUCCAGUGAUUAUUCUGCUAAUUCUGGCUGCACAAGAUCUGUAAUGACAAUUGCAUUUGAAUUUGCAUUUGAGAGCCACAUGCAAGAACAUGUAGCAUCAAUGGCUCGGCAAUAUGUCCGCAGCAUUAUAUCCUCAGUUCAGAGGGUGGCAUUAGCACUAUCUCCUUCUAAUCUGGGUUCUCAGGCUGGCCUUCGUUCACCACUGGGUACUCCUGAAGCGCAGACACUUGCUCGCUGGAUCUGCCAGAGCUACAGGAGCUAUUUGGGCGUGGAACUACUCAAAUCCAACAGUGAAGGAAGUGAAUCCAUUCUGAAAACCUUGUGGCAUCAUUCAGACGCUAUCAUGUGCUGCUCACUGAAGGCGCUGCCAGUCUUCACGUUUGCAAACCAAGCAGGGCUUGACAUGCUUGAGACAACCUUGGUCGCAUUGCAAGACAUAACUUUGGAAAAGAUAUUUGAUGAUCAUGGAAGAAAAACUCUCUGCUCUGAAUUCCCACAGAUUAUGCAACAGGGUUUUACUUGUCUUCAAGGUGGUAUCUGUUUGUCAAGCAUGGGCAGACCAGUGUCAUAUGAGAGAGCUGUGGCCUGGAAAGUGUUGAAUGAAGAAGAAAAUGCGCAUUGCAUCUGCUUUAUGUUUAUAAACUGGUCUUUUGUCUGA